UCUCCAAUUCGGUUUGGUGUGAAGUUUGUUUCACCUUCAGUCGCUGUUAACCUCGUGAAAACUGUGGUUAGAGUAAACUUCAGAGUAGUUGUAAUAUAGGUAACUGGUUAUGGUUCGGAUUAAGGUCGUAAUCUGGUUAAUCCCUGGUUGAAACGACUGGUUGUUGUUAAGGUCACAGUUAGCCUCAUCUUGAAGUGAUUGUGAAACUGACUUCUACCCAGCAGCGACCCGGGGUCUCAUGGUUGACGCUGAUCCCCGAACAGUUGAAUGAGUGGAUUUUAAAGUAGAAACCAGUUUGCAUGGAUUUGUUGUGUCCGGUUGAAGAAACGUGUCUUUAACCCGGUGGUUUCCGGCUUCACACUCAGAGCAGCGCAGCGUUUAACCCCGGGCUCGGUCAUCCUGAAGGCGAACUAGCGGCUAACGUUAGCACCGGGAGCAGAAGCUGAUGACCGGACUCUCUCCGCGGUCCAAACAUCAUGCUUCCCCGGGCGGGUAAAGACUUUUUGGUGCGGAUACAGUUCUUCUGGCGGCCGCUUUUCCAGGGCCGGUACCUGCUGCUCACCAACACCCUGAGUGGAGGAAUCAUGCUGUCACUGGGAGACAGUCUGCAGCAGAGCCGGGAGAUCCGCAAAGAGCCAAAAACAGUCAGAGACUGGAAGAGGACAGGUUCCAUGUUUGUGGUGGGCUGCUCCAUGGGUCCACUGCUGCACUACUGGUACUCCUGGUUGGACAGAUUCUACGUGGGCAGAGCCAUGCACACGGUUGGCAAGAAGGUUCUAGUGGACCAGCUGAUCGCCUCACCAACAAUCGGGUUGUGGUAUUUCUUAGGUAUGGGCCUCACGGAGGGACACACUUUAUCCGAAGGAUGGGAGGAGUUCAGAGAGAAGUUCUGGGAAUUUUAUAAGAUGGACUGGUGUGUCUGGCCUGCUGCUCAGAUGAUCAACUUCUAUUACCUCUCGCCCAAAUACCGUGUCGUGUACAUCAACGUUAUCACGUUAGGGUGGGACACCUACCUCUCCUACCUCAAACACAGAGAUGACAGUCCACACACUCACCUGACGUCAGACAGCGGCGCUGUGGAUUUACAGCAGGAAGUGUCCAAACCUCCUGAGAAGAAGACUUAGAAACGGCGUUCGUGCUCCGCUCUAAGGUCACUCGUUCAAGGCAAAAGAAGGUUUUUGGCUGUUUUGUGCAUUAAAACUUCUUUUCCUCGUUUGCAAAAUGCUGUGAGAGUUGUGUGCACCACAGUUGGGGAGACUCUGACGGCCUUUUUCCUCCGACUCGCCACUUCUCUCUUUGAACCGACCGUGGUUAUAUCUGGACUCAGCGGAGAUGUGGAUGCUGAAGAGUUUGAACACUUGAACUUGCUGAAGUAUAAAUGUGUCUCUGCUCAGUUUGUGUGUGUUUGUGUCCUAAUGAUGUGCACUCCUAUAGGAGCAAUCAGGGAUGAAAUGGCUCUUUCACUGCCCUAAACCAUUGCAGUCAAAUCUAACUCCCACUUGAUGAGAGUGGUUGUAAUGGGAAGCUCGCUAAUCCAGCAGAUGCUUCCAAAACCAGUAUCAUCUAUGUUGUGUUGUUACACACAAAUCUUCAAAGUGCCCGAAAUCAAUUCAAAGCAACUCCUCUUGUUUUUUUAAUUAUUAUGCUGUUUUUAAGUUUCUGGUUUGACAUGAAAUAAUAAUCGUUAUUCAUGUGGAGCAGCUCAUGACCAAUUACUUUAAUUUUAACAUUAUGUGCUUUACUGUGUAUCUCCAACAGCUAAUUUAUACAUGAAGAGCUUUUAGUUUUGGCAGGUCAGAUGAUCAAUCAGUUUAUGUGAUGAAAUGAUGUCUGUGAAGAACUUGUCAUCCACUCACCCAGCACUCUGAUAGGACGCCUAGCUCCAGGUCGAGCCUCCGUCCUUUGUGCGAUUGUUGACAUGAAGCAUUUACGCACAUUUGUUUGUUGUACGUUCAUGCUGGGAAUCUAAAGUAUUCUCCCACACCCUGAAUUUGUUGAUUCAGAUGAGGUGACUGGAGCCUUGCACUGACAUAAACUUUUCAUUAAACCAGUUUGCGCCGCUAAAGAAACCUGUUCCAUUAGAGAGAGGGAGAGAGAGAGAGAGAGAGAGUUGACGACUGGAAAAUGUUUUUGUUUUCCAGUCUUUAACGCUCUGUGUUGCUGAGCCACUGCUCCCUCAGAUUUAUGUUCUGAACCCAACAUGGUCUUCUGAUGCCUCUGCACAUCCACCUCAAGGUUUGUGUUUUCUGAGAUCUUUUCUUCUUGUCACAGCAGAACAGAGUUUUUGUCUGAGUGACUGUAGCUCUUCAGUCAGCUCCAUCCAGUCGGUCCAUUCUUUGUGAUUUAAUUUCUUUAUCGCUGUAACGAAAUUCUAUUGAUUCGAUCCUAUAGAGGUUUUCAGUGCCGAUAGGAUAUUAUUUUAACUUCGGAGAACCGAACCCAGAACUGUCUUGCUACUAUGUAAUCAAUCUGUUUGUUGUAAGCUUGGUUUAUUCGUCUCGUAUCAUAUCCUGUCGUACCCGUGUUAUGUCAGUGGGCGGCUAUAAUUAGCUCUAAAUUCACUGGAAACUGUAGAUGGUGGUUUUGGUCCAGUUUUGACACAUAUCCUUUUAGAAGAUGGUGUAAUAAAAUAAAACUGGAACUCCAAACUCACAGAAGAACAUUGUAAAGCUGUGUAACUGGCUCCAUGGCUGCAGUUUGUUAAAUGAUGUUAAAAGGAAAUCUAACAGUAACUCCCCUGUUAAAUGGGUCUGGUGUAUGUGCUGGACCUUAAGCCAGGAGGCCACUGACACCGGCAAAUGUUUGCUUGUAUGUGAAGUAAGAUUCAUACAUAUUUGAAACAUUAAUUUGAAAUGCUUUGACUUAUUGGGUUACAUUAACCCAGUGUCAGAGCUUCAAAGUGUCAACAAUCAUUGCAAAGCACAGAACCCCCCCCCUCCCGACACACAUUAUUAAGGCUUAUGAAUUUCAGUAUUUAGAAAUAAAGCAGCUGCUGGAAAUCAGUGACAUUACUGAGGGGAAUUUGUAUUGUUGUAUUGUUAAUCUUUUUUAAUCAUACUUGACCUUUGGCGGACGGCUCUGGCAGCUAGCACGACACAUAUUCCUGUGAGCAACGGCAGCUAGAAGCAGUAAUAAUGCUGCAUAAGAAUUAUUAUGAUGAAUCGGCUCCACAGGAAUAGAGAUAAUACAUCUCUGUGUCCAAAAGUAUUAAGUGACUGCACAGGUUCAACUUAAAACACACAGAGGAUUAACAUUAUGCCGCGAAGGAAACUGAUGUGCUCACGGUGGUUAAUGGUUAAGAAAAGUGAUGUGCUCACGGUGGUUGAUGUUUUCAGCACAUACUGAUCAGUCUCCUCAUCUGUCACCGCUUCUCAAACUGAACCACUCAACACAUGUCAAAAACAGAAUAGACAUUAAACACACAAUAGCAGUUGAGCUGAAAACUGCAGGUUCAGAGUAAAACUUUCCACAGACUUCCGAAUAAACACAGAAACACGCUUGUGCUGGAAAAUCCCAGGAGACUCAGCAGAUUCAGAAAUCCUUAAACCAGCCCGACUCAGAUCAGGUAGUUUUUCCCCUUGUUGGGAUAUUUGAUGUGAACAUUAACUAAGGUCUCGACUGGCAGCCGCGUGAUUUCAUGCAUUGCGCUGCUGUCACGUGAUUGGCUUGUUGCGUGGAGGUUCCUGUUAAAGUGCUUUGUGGGUGUAUGCUUAAUUUUGUUGACAUUCAUAAUGCUGCUACUGUUUUCAUGUAUUUGCUCUAAAUUUGACCUGUUGUUCGCCUCCUGUGUCUUUAGCUUACGCAUUAAGAAUUGUUUGAAAAGAUAUUUGAUGUGACUUGAAAUUGACCAAAUCCUAAUAUAAAAUAAAUUCAAGAGAAAUUCUGUUUUCCAA